ACCACUGAUAAAUAAAAUUCGGUGUUAUUCCUGCACCCUUUAAUUUUGAGAAGGCCCCCUUCAGCCCAGGACUCUCAAAUUCACUUGGGUAUAAACAUGGCCGGUUGCCUCGGCUUGUCACAAUCACCCCGGGGUCGUUGAACUUUUCGGCAUAUCGCGGAUAUUAUCACUCGGUUCACCUAAAUAUGUAACCAAUUUUUUCCUGAUUUUUGCUAUUUGUUGGGAACGAUUUUUGUUUAACUGUUGGGGAGUAUUUAUUGACGGUGGUAGAAAGAUGUUUUGACUAGCUCCUACCUUCGGUUCGUGACCUAGUCACAAGAUGGCGAGGGCUUAAAGACCCGAGCGAGAGGCACCCGAAAAAUUUAAAUAUCCAGAUGACUGGGAUUUAACAGCCGAUGAAUCAUCUAUUGGAUUAAAAGUCACGUUUUAAUUGAUUGUUGAUAGUUCUCUUUAAACAAAAUGGAGAAAAUAGACAUAGAGAUUAAUAUUUUUAAUAUUGAGUGUUUGGGUGACACAUUGAAGGGAUUGUUUUUUUGAAUAUAUAAGUGAUUAUUGAGGUUAUAUUACUGUAAAUUGAGAGUGUUUAUUGACCACUAAAAAGUAGAAUAAUAAUAAGAAUUUAAUUAAGACAAUUGAAGGGUCCUUGGUACUUAUUUCAAGGUUAUUCACACUACGUAACUGAUUAAAUUAUCAAGAAGGAUGAAGCUGAUGGGAAAUAACCUCAACAUCUGUGAAGUUAUUGUAUGUUAUUGAGUGAUUCAACUUUUGUGGUGUUUUUUCAUACAGUUUCAUCGGUUUGGUAUUCAUAAUAAUGGGUUUUUAUGGGGUUUCGUCUGUCACUUUCGAUUGAAGAGAAAGCAGGGUCAACUAUCAUGUAUUCAUGAAUACUUGGAUUUAUCUCAAUGCCUUCAAAUCCAAUUCCUCUCAUCGACAUCACUUAACAGUUCCCCUCAUUAACACCUAAAACACCUGGUAAACCCCUUCAUCCCCCACUUGAACAUUUUCCAAAACCCUAAGACGAAUAAUGUGAGCCCAACAAUUGAAAAAAUCUCGACAUGAUCCCCUCACUGGACCCCUACGCCCAGAAGUUCCUCAGGAUGAUAUCCAGGAUAAAACUGAAACACAUCCUGCUCUUUCUAUUCUCGAUCUUCGUCCUGGACUUCUUCGGGGCCUUCACCCACGUCUUCGAGCUCUCCUACGACACUCACUUCAAGUAUCCCUAUGAGGGUGAUAUCCACGGCUUUAUCGACUCCCUGAAACAUCGAAAGAAACCGGAGCUGGAUCCGAUCAACGACUACAACUACAGCUACAUCCACGAUCUCAAGGACUUCUGCGUAGAUACUCAGAAUGACUUCCGAAGCUUGCGAAUCGUAUUCCUAGUAAAAUCCUCCGCUGAACAUUUCCAGAGACGAGUCGCAAUCAGAAACACUUGGGGUUUCAAGAAAAGAUUUUUUGAUGUGCCCACGAGGACUGUCUUUCUGCUGGGAGUUCACGAGAACGAUGAAGACCUCCAGAAGAGGAUAGACGAGGAAUCAGAGAAGUUCAAAGACAUCUUGCAAGCUAACUUCAUCGAUUCUUAUUUCAAUAACACGAUUAAAACGAUGAUGGGGUUCAAGUGGGCGUACAACCACUGCAGGAACUCCAAAUUUUAUAUGUUCGUGGAUGACGAUAUUUACGUAUCUGUGAAGAAUGUCCUGCGGUUCAUCAGGAAUCCCGCUUAUUACCCGGAGUAUUUGAAGGACCCGAAUAGAUUGGUCAAGAGGGAAGCUGUGAUGAAGGGAAACAAAGCAUGGAAUCACUAUGAUAAGGUGAGAAUGCCAAGAGAUGAUGAUGAAUUAACAAAUAUUAAAGAUAUUCAAGAUGAGGAGAUGCCAAGAGAUACACUGAGAAAUGAAAGAGCAACUGCUCGAGAGAAGAUUUUGAUGAGACGAAGAGAAGGGUGGAAAAGUUAUAAUAAGACUAAAAUGCCUGAAAAUAAUGAUAGAUCAGGAGAAAUUGAACAUGUUGGAGAUGAUUUAGUUAAGGAUGAAGAGGUGCCAAAGGAUUCAUUGAGGACUGAUGGGGAGGAGAUCCUGAUGAGAGGGAAGAAGGUAUGGAUUAAUCAUUACAAGACCAGAAAGCCGGGAGAUCAUGUAUUAGCAGAGAUCAAUGAUGGUAAAGAUAAUUUAGCUAAGAAUGAAGAGAUGCCAAAGAUUUUAUUAAGGAGUGAAAGAGCAACUGCUCAAGAGAAAAUAUUGAUGAGACGAAGGGAGGGAUGGAAGAAUCACAAUAAGACUAGAAUGCCUGUUGGAGGUGAUGAAUCAAUAAAAGCUAGAGAUGAAAAGAUGCCAAAAAAAUUAGUGGAGACUGCUGGAGAGGGGAAUUUGAUGAAACGAGGCAAGCGAUGGAAUCAUCACAAGAAAAUGACGGUGUCUGUUGAGCAUGAUGGGUCAGCAGAAUCUGAAGAUGUUCAAGACGAUUUAGUGAAUAGAUUCAACAACUCGAUGCUCUAUAAAAAAUUAACGAGAGGACGACGUCAGGUCUUUGACUUCGACCUUCCUGACGAUGUGAAACUCUUUGCAGGGUACGUUUUCGUGUCUUCUCCUCACAGACACAAGAGUUCCAAGUGGUAUGUCUCUCUGGAAGAGUAUCCGUACCACCUCUGGCCACCGUAUGUCACGGCCGGGGCGUAUGUCCUCUCGAAGGCUGCCAUGAUCGAGAUGUAUCUCACGAGUUUGUACACCCAGCAUUUCAGGUUUGAUGACAUAUUCCUGGGGCUAGUUGCCAAAAAGGCCGACAUUGAGCCGUUCCACUGUGAUGAGUUCCAUUUUUAUAAGAAGGAUUAUACCAAGUAUAAUUAUAAGUAUGUUAUUUCUUCUCAUGGGUAUGGGGAUCCUGAGGAGAUGGUGGAGAUCUGGAAUGAACAGAAGGGAAUGGGAAAUGCUUGAAGAAAUAUUAAUUGAUCAAUUUAAACGGUAUUUAAUUAAUUGCUUUUGGAAAUCCUAUUGAGGGGAGUGAAGAGGUGAUGGUUGUGCAAACUUUCUUCCAUAGAAUUAAAAAAUACAAAUGUGUUGGUUUUAAUUUUACUUUGAUUGGAGUUAUUUUAGAUGUUUUAGAGGAUUGCAAUGAUAAAGAGAGUGGAAUGUUUAGGCUCUUAUUCUUAAUAUAAUUCACGAAAUUUUUACGAUAUUUAUUACAAAUGCAGUUAAUCACCUAAUUUAUGGAAUCAUUGUCAUACAAAAAAUAGAUUUUAUAUUCAUGUUAUUCCUAUAUUAUUAUAAAAUAGUUUUGAGGAUUAACAAACAAGUUCAGAACAAUUUAAAAAUCUCUAAUCUCAUUAUUUUAAUAAGAUUUAUUGAACUGUUCAUUAUUCUACUAUUAUUGCAGUGCUACAAUCCAUCUGAUACCAGACUUCGUAAUAAUUAAUUCAUCUGAAAGGCGUUGUUAUACAUAUUUUAUUCUUCGAUUAUUGACGUAUUCAUAGAACCAAUAAUCAUUAAGCAGGUAGAAAGAGUGAUUUAUAAAAAUAUGUCUAGUGAUAUUUACAAGUUUGUACUGGAUUGAAUCCCCAGUCAGUCGAGACAGCCCCCACUGCGGUGAUCAAUAUUUUAAUAAAUAAUUUUCUAAAAUUUGAGUUGUUUGUUAUUGUUGUCUAUACUGCUGCUUUUCUCCACUGGUUUUA